UGCAGUCUCCGUCUGAACACUUUGGGGAUACAUGAAGUUCGGUUCGUGUUUUUCCGUGAUCCAUUUCCCCGUUUUUCGCCGACAGACUCUCUUGGCCAGCCUGCCCGUUCAUCAGAUCUGACUGCUGUGGAAGAUGGCGGUUUGGAUGCUGUCUCAGGGCUUGGGCGCAACACUGGACUUGUUUAGCCUUCUAGCCGGCCUAGAGAGCAGACAAUAAUGAUCGAGUUUCUGUCGUCUGUUCUCCGGUGAUGGACUUUGUGAUCGCAUCGGUAGGGGACACAAACCCACUCAACAGCAGAGAUUUGAUCUCGAAUCGCGGGACUUCGCUGAGACUUUAGUCUCCGGCUAGCGGUGAGCUUCUUCUUCGCCACUGGCGUCUGGUGUACUAUACGGCUGGAAGUCCCGGAGUGUUAGCUAGCAGAAGCACAACUAAAGUGCAUGAAAAUGUCGGAUUCGAAGGUAAAAGUUGCUGUAAGAGUUCGGCCUAUGAACCGCAGAGAAAUUGAAUUAAGCACCAAAUGCGUGGUGGACAUGGAGCAGAACCAAACUAUUCUUCACCCUCCGCCCUCAAACACGAAAGGGGACAGCAGGAAACAGUCUAAGGUGUUUGCCUUUGACCACUGCUUCUGGUCCAUGGAUGAGUCCAACACUCUCAAAUAUGCAGGUCAGGAGGUGGUGUUCCAGUGCCUUGGACAGGGUGUCCUUGAUAAUGCCUUCCAGGGGUAUAACGCCUGCAUCUUUGCCUAUGGACAAACAGGCUCAGGGAAGUCCUUCUCCAUGAUGGGCAGUAGUGAGCGUCCCGGUCUGAUCCCGCGGCUCUGUGGCGCGCUCUUCCAGCAGGUGGCGCUGUUGCACAGCAACGCUCACGCCUUCAAGGUGGAGGUGUCCUACAUGGAGAUCUACAACGAGAAGGUCCGAGACCUGCUGGACCCCAAGGGGGGGGGUCAGUCUCUGAAGGUGCGGGAGCACAAGGUUCUCGGCCCGUACGUGGAUGGACUCUCCCAGCUGGCCGUCUCAAACUUUGAGGAUAUUGACUCUCUGAUGUCCGAGGGGAAUAAAUCUCGUACGGUUGCCGCCACCAACAUGAACGAGGAGAGCAGUCGCUCACACGCAGUCUUCAGCAUCAUCAUCACACAGACGCUGUGUGACCUACAGUCAGGGAACUCAGGUGAGAAGGUGAGUAAGAUGAGUCUGGUGGACCUGGCGGGGUCGGAGCGCGUCUCAAAGACGGGAGCAGCUGGAGAGAGACUGAAGGAGGGAAGCAACAUCAACAAGUCUCUGACCACGCUGGGGUGUGUGAUCUCUGCUCUGGCUGACCAGUCCUCUGGCAAAGGGAAGAACAAAUUUGUGCCUUACAGAGACUCUGUUCUCACCUGGCUGCUGAAGGACAGUCUGGGCGGUAACAGCAAGACGGCGAUGAUCGCCACGGUGAGUCCGGCGGCGGAUAACUACGAGGAGACGCUGUCCACUCUCCGCUACGCCGACCGAGCCAAACGCAUCAUCAACCACGCCCACGUCAACGAGGACCCCAACGCUCGCAUCAUCAGGGAGCUGCGCGAGGAGGUGGAGAAGCUGAGAGACCAGCUCAACCAGGCCGAGUCUCUGAAGGCCCCUGAUCUGAAGGAGAGGCUCGAGGAGUCGGAGAAGCUGAUUCAGGAGAUGACCGUCAGCUGGGAGGAGAAACUGAGGAAGACAGAAGAGAUCGCACAGGAACGUCAGAAGCAGCUGGAGAGUUUGGGAAUCUCUCUGGAAUCUUCUGGAAUCAAGGUCGGGGAGGACAAGUGCUUCCUGGUCAACCUCAAUGCUGACCCCGCCCUCAACGAGCUGCUCGUCUACUACCUGAAGGAGCACACUCUGGUAGGUGCAGACACAUCUCAGGAUAUCCAGCUGUUUGGAAUCGGAAUCCAGCCGCAGCACUGUUGCCUUGACGUCACACAGGACGGAGCGGUCACUCUGAGUCCUAUUGACCACGCCAGGACGUGUGUGAACGGAACACUGAUACACACUCCCAUCCAGCUCUGGCACGGAGACCGCAUCCUGUGGGGCAACAACCACUUCUUCAGGAUCAACCUUCCGAAGCGUCCGCGGCGCCAGAAGGAGGCGGAGCGAGAGAGCGGCGUGUGUGACGUCGACAUGGAAACGGCCAGCGAGGCGUCAUCAGAGCAGGACUACAGCUACGAGUUCGCCCAGAUGGAGGUCACCAUGAAGACACUGGCCAGCAACGACCCUACCCAGACGGUGGUGCAGGCUCUGGAGAGUGUGUAUCUGCAGGAGAAGCGGGCAGCGCUGGAGGAACAGAGACUCAUGUACGAGCGGGAGCUGCAGUCGCUACGGCAACAGCUGUCACCAGAACGACCCGCCCAUCACCAGCGCUGCAGCCUCAGCACCCCCACACACACACACACACACCACGGCAGAGUACGCCUGUGGACCGAGGAGAGAGAUGAGUUGUUCAGGCAGAGCCUGGCUCGUCUGCGUGAGCAGGUGGUGCGCGCUAACACACUGGUGAGGGAGGCCAGCUACCUCUCAGAGGAGAUGAGAACACACACCGACUACCAGGUCACGCUGCAGAUCCCAGCAGCCAACCUCAGCGCCAACCGCAAGGUACACACACACACACACACGCACACACAGACACACACACACACACACACACACACUGGUGAGGGAGGCCAGCUACCUCUCAGAGGAGAUGAGAACACACACCGACUACCAGGUCACGCUGCAGAUCCCAGCAGCCAACCUCAGCGCCAACCGCAAGGUACACACACACACACACACGCACACACACACACACACACACACACACACACACACACACACACACACACACACACACACACACUGGUGAGGGAGGCCAGCUACCUCUCAGAGGAGAUGAGAACACACACCGACUACCAGGUCACGCUGCAGAUCCCAGCAGCCAACCUCAGCGCCAACCGCAAGCGUGGGGCCAUUGUGAGUGAGCCUGCCAUCCAGGUGCGUCGGAAGGGCCGGGCUACGCAGGUGUGGCCAAUCGAGAAGCUGGAGAACAAACUAGUGGACAUGAGGGACCACUACUCAGAGUGGAGGGAAGGAAGACUAGUUACGGGCGUGAAACAGAGUAAGCGGCCUGAUCCGUUCUACGAGGCACAGGAGAACCACAAUCUGAUCGGGGUGGCCAACGUGUUCCUGGAAUGCCUGUUCCACGACGUCAAGCUGCAGUACGCAGUACCCAUCAUCAGCCAGCAGGGGGAGGUGGCGGGACGCCUCCACGUGGAAGUGAUGCGUGUGUCCGGUGUGUUGUUGGAGCGCGUUGCCGGGAGCGACGACUCGUCCGAGAACUCCAGCGAGAGCUAUGAGGUCAUGGAGCCCAACGGGGAGAUGGUGCAUAUGGCACGCAAGCUCACCUGCAGGGUGCGUAUCCGUGAGGCGACGGGUCUGCCGCCGCUGCUGUCCCACUUCGUGUUCUGUCAGUACGGGUUCUGGGAGCACUCGGAACCCACUGUGGCGCCGCCCGUCGUCAGCCCAGACACGCCCACUCAUCGCCAUGCCGAUGGGCAGUUCACCGUACGCUUCGACCACUGCAGGGACUACGUGGUGCAUGUGACGGAGGAGUUUGUGGAGUUCAUCUCUGAGGGCGCUCUGGCUAUAGAGGUCUGGGGGCACCGCUGUGCAGGAAGCGGCUCCUCCUGCUGGCAGCCCAGCGCAUUACAGGCCAAGACACGCACGCUGCAGGACAGGUGGAGUGAGGUGUCCAGGCAGCUGGAGCUGUGGGUGUCUAUCCAGGAGCUGAAUGAGCAGGGCGAGUACUCAGCCGUGGAGCUGCACACCGCUAAAGACAUCAGCACCGGGGGGGUCUUCCAGCUGCGACAGGGUCACUCCCGCAGGCUGCUGGUGUGUGUGAGGCCGGUGCAGUACUCCGGGACUCUUCCUCUGCUGACGGAGGCCGUGCUGUCCGUGGCCAUCGGCUGUGUGUCCGCACGCUCCACCCGACUACAGCGUCCACUCGACAGCUACCAGGAGGAAGAUGAAGAGAUGGAUAGUUAUCAGGAGGAUGAUCUGAACUGUGUGCGGCAGCGUUGGUCAGAGGCGCUGGUCAAGAGGAGAGAGUAUCUGGACGAACAGAUCAACAAGAUCAUCAACAAGCCUGAGAAGGGGGAGGAGGAUGUGGAGCGGGAGGCGCGGCUUGUUGAGCAGUGGGUGGGGCUUACGGAGGAGCGCAACGCUGUGUUGGUGCCGGCACCAGGCAGCGGAAUACCAGGAGCCCCCGCACACUGGACGCCCUCUCCUGGAAUGGAGGUUCACACACCUGUGCUCUUCCUGGACCUGAACGCGGACAGCCUUGCGGUGUGUGAGCAGCUGAGUGGUCCCCAGGUGGCGGGUGUGAACUCCAUUCUGCCCAAAGAGCACGGCAGCCAGUUCUUCUACCUACCCAUCAUCAGACACAGCAGCGAGGAGGUGUCAGUGGCGUGCUCGUGGGACUCGUCCAUCCACGACUCGUCUCACCUGAACCGUGUCACCGCGCCAGGUGAGCGCAUUUACCUCAUCGUCAAGGCAACCGUGCAGCUCACACACCCCGCCAACAUGGAGCUGGUCCUCAGGAAGAGGAUCGCCGUCAACAUCUACAACAAGCAGAGUUUCACUCAGAGCCUGAAGAGACGCAUGUCACUGAAGAACACACUCUACUCCUGUGGAGUCACCUACGAGAUUGUGUCCAACAUCCCCAAGGCGUCGGAGGAGGCUGAGGAGCGGGAGACGUUGGCUCUGAUGGCGGCGCGUGGGGAGGUGGAGGAGGCUCAGGACGGAGAGACGUACAUCGAGAAAUACACACGCGGAGUGUGUGAGGUGGAGAACAUCCUCAGCCUCGAGCGCCUCCGACAGGCGGUGAUGGUGAAGGAAGCUCUGGCUGUGAAGGGGCGACACAUCAGGAGGAGCCUGAGUACUCCCAACGUACAGAACUCCUCAUGUUGCAGAGGAGAACUGUCUGGCUGUGAAGAUGAAGACAUCAAGUGUGAAAGUCAGCAGGACCUUACAGAGUGUGUGUUCCAGGACCCCUCGGUGUGUUCCACCCCUACUAAGAACCGAGAAAAUCAUGGUUCCGCCCCAGAGAGCCCGGUGUGGUUGUCGAGUCCGUUUAAGGUUCUACCGGUUCUGCAGGCACUGCUGCCCGUCAGAGAGGAGCAGAGAGGACGAGAGGAGCGCCCCCUACUGGAGAGCAUGCGCUGGGCUGUGGAGAGCACAACGCUGCCCCCUAGCUGCCAGUGGCCACAGCGCAGCCACAGACUCACUCAGCCACCACAAGCACACACUGCUGACUCAGACGAGGAGGAGUGUGACGUGGCGGUGAGUUCUGUGCAGGACUCGUCGCUCCCUCUGCAGACGUACGUUCCGGAAGACUUCGCCGACUUCGACGUGUACAACGCCAGCCUGGAGGGGAGUGUGUGUGUGCGCGGGGAGCGGGGGCGUGCCGGGGUGUGUGAGCGUGAGCGCGAGUGUGUGUGUGUGCGCGGGCGUGCCGGUGUGUGUGAGCGUGAGCGCGAGUGUGUGUGUGUGUGUGUGUCCCGCAGCCCCACGGUCAGCAGCUGCACUAGCGGCUACUUCUCCCACAGUGCCUCUAACGCCACCCUCUCCGACGCCCAAUCAGACGCCACGCUCGCCAACGACCCCAGCCAAUCAGAUCCCAGACUUGCCGACCCCAGCCAAUCAGAUCUCACACUGGCCAACGACCCCAUCCAGUCGGACGCCAUGCUUGCUGACCCCAGCCAAUCGGACGCAAUGACGCUCACCGCCGACGGCAACAGCCAAUCAGAUGCUACGCUGGAUGAAAUCAGCCAAUCAGACGCGGCGCUUGGUGACGUUGCUCCGCCUGACAGCAUCAGCUCGGAGCAGCUGAGUCGAGACUGCUCCCGCACCUCUGCUGAAACUCACACACACACACACUCACACUCACACACACACACACACUCACACACACACACACACUCCGCGGUGCAGACCCCCCCUCCUGCUGGCCCCCCUCUCAGUGUUCUCAGCACCAGUCCUGAGUUCUCGGACUUCCUGGGGGCGGGAGAGGGAUUGGGGGGGGGCACCUGGCCCAGACUCAGCACCCUGGACCCCCCCAAACACACCACCGGCCCCCCCCCCACCGAACCCAAACUGCCCAACGGUCAGGGUCCCAGGCCAGUGGAGCAGCUCCCUGAUUGGAUGGCUCCAGGGGAGGGGCCAGUGGAGCAGCUCCCUGAUUGGAUGGCUCCAGGGGAGGGGCCAGUGGAGCAGCUCCCUGAUUGGAUGGCUCCGGGGGAGGGGCCAGUGGAGCAGCUCCCUGAUUGGAUGGCUCCGGGGGAGGGGCCAGUGGAGCAGCUCCCUGAUUGGAUGGCUCCGGGCGAGCUGGUGUGGGUGGGCGGGCACUGCGGGACUGUGCACUAUGUGGGCGGAGUCGAGUUUGCUGCUGGAAUCUGGAUAGGAGUGGAGCUGCAGCUCGCUAUGGGCAAGCACAAUGGUACGGUCCAGGGGCGUGUCUACUUCCGCUGUGAGGCGGGACACGGAGUGUUCGUACAGCCCGCCCACCUGAGCCGAGACCCGCCCACCUCCCCCACGCAGCCCCCCACCCCCCUCCUGCUUGUGUUGAUGAAAUGA